AUGCUAAAUGUCGUAUUAGGAAUACUGCCAGCACUAUAUGAAUUUUGGAGACGAUUUGUGGAGGUAGACAUGAAACGCGCUGAGCUGAGUAAUGUGCUGCAAGAAGUAGUAAGCCAAGCGGAAGACAUGAAUCAAAAAGCGAAAAUGGAAGAGCUAGAACCUGGGAAAAAGCGCAAGAGAGUGUUGGAUUCCUACUUAAAUCAAGCUGAAGAGUACAAAAGGUUCACACAGGUGGUGCUAGACAGAAGUCAGGAAGGGCAGUGGAUGCUGAAGCGUAUGAGGUGGGUGCCCAGCAUUGAGCGACACCUCAAGGAAGGACAGGGGAUUUUGAGCAAAGGUAGGCAGUUGCUAGAGCAAGGCCUGACGUAUGACGAAGUUAGAAUGCGUGGGGAAAAGUUACCUUUGGAAGAGAAUCAAUACAUCGGUGAGACUGUUCGUGGGCUAUUCAAUAGAGCACUCCGAGUCCUGAGAGAUGGCAGUGUGCAAUGUAUUGGUAUAUAUGGUCAUGCUGGAGCUGGCAAGACUAAUCUCAUGAAGCGCCUCUACAACGAAAUCUUUGAAGAUCAAGAGGGUUUCAAGGCUGUCUUCUGGUGUUAG